GAUGACAGUUAAAAUUUGUUUGUUGUGGUACAACUAUUCUUUUAAGUUUUUAAUAUAAGUUAAAACGUAGUAUUAAGCAUAGCGAAAACUUUGAUUAUAUUAAGCGACGUAUCUUAGCUCUUAGUUUCCAUCACAACAACAAACUUUGAUGUCUGAACCAUAUUUGAUAUUCCACGCGUCCGCAUAUCGAUGUUUGAAACAAUAAUAUAAAUGUUCAUCAGCGACCUGAAUGAUCUUCACGACUACGGCUCCACCUAUUAAGUAGUCAGCAUGGUGGUGGUGCUGAACGGCGUCCUAGCGGACGAGUGUCCGACGUCCGUCCGGGCGUUGUUAGCAGCACACCCUGGCUAUAGAGAUGCAGCGGCACAGUUACUUGCGGCCGCGGCGAGGGUCGUUGGCCCGCCUGGUCUGCUAUACGUAGGGCAGAGGGAGCUAGCGGCGGUUGUUCCACAUGACAAAAACGUUAGUAUCAUUGGAUCAGAUGACGCCACAUCAUGUAUUAUAGUUGUCGUCAGACACUCAGGAUCAGGCGCAGUAUCACUCGCUCAUCUAGAUGGUUCUGGAACAGCGGAAGCAGCUGCAACUAUGGUAGCUCGAGUGCAACAGUUAGCCGUAGGAUAUCCUGAAGGUCGGCUGGAAUUGCAGCUCGUAGGUGGAUUCACAGAUCCCCAUCGAUACUCAGAAGAGCUGUUCGCUAACAUCAUGUUAUCGUUUCACCGUCUCUCUGAAGAAAUCGACUUAACCCUCGCUUGCUGUUGUGAGUUAAACACAGCUUUAGGAGGUGGAUCUCCGGCACCUCUCGUCACAGGUGUCGGGGUGGACAUUCGCGCUGGUGAUUUGUUCCCAGCGAACUUCCCUGACAAGGGGCCGGAACAGCCCCUUCGAGGUGCUAGACAUAUUACUGGCGGAUUACACUCCGCACAGGUACUGGACAUAUACGACAAUGGUGUAGGCAUGCUACGCAUCGGCCCAUUUAACUACGAGCCCCUACGAGGCGUGGACCUCUGGUUGGAGCAAUCUGACGACUUUAUACUCCAGCAUCUCAGUACCACACCAGCGGUAGAAGCUCCCCACUUCGUUCACAAUAUACGUGUUACUUUAAAAUUCAUUCAGCAACACCCGUUCCCAGCUGUGACAGUGUUCCCGGACAAUCGACCUCAUUACUACCGACGUGAUGAACAAACCGGUUGCUGGGUUCCUGUACGAUUUUAGAUCUUAUCAAUUUGUUAUACAGUUUAAAUUAGAAAAUUACAUACAAGGAAUGGUUAUGAAAAAAAUAUUACAAUUAAGGAGGUAUGAGUUGACAAAAUAAUAUCCUCCGUGUUUUAACGACUUUUUAUUUAAUUUUUUUUUUGUUUUUGACGUUUAUUAUUUGUUGACAGGAGAAUUAAAAUUAUGCGUUAAAAAAUGAAAUUUUAUUAAUCGAUUUGUUUAGCUUAAUGUAUUUAGUCAAACGGAAAUGCCGAACUGAGUAUAGAAGGUAUAGGUUUAUGUAAAUUUGCAUGGCAAAUACAUUUAAUAACAAAGACGUCUAAUUUACCGUUGAUUUGAAAAGGUUUUUUUUGCGCAAGUAUAUUUAUGUGCUAAAUCCAUAUAUGGGCGAGCUGAUUCCGCUCUGCUAUUUUGACCUCUAAACUAAUUUGUGGCAACUGUAAAUAUUGCUAUUUCUUUCCUUUGUGUAACGUUAAGAAGGGAUAGAAAGUAUUUUAGUUCUAUAAAGAUUUUUAGACACAAAAUUAGCACCAAUAUUUUGUUAUAUCGAGUAUAAAUUGUAACUAUCUUAAAACCUUGUUUAAUAAUGAGCAUAUUAAUUGCAUUCCAUUGUGAUAGAGUAAAAUAGAUACUAAAUAUGGUAUAACUUGAUGACUAUUAUUGUUUGUAAAGCUCUAUGACACUAUUGUUUCAUUAAUUUAUCGAAAGCAAAGGCAAAAUAAAUUGAUUUAUACACAAAAUGUAAUUGCUAUAAAUGUUUUUAUUUGACUGUGUACGUAACUAGACAUAGAUAUAUAUAUUUUAUUCAUAAUAUGUUCACUGGUUUUCGGCUAUUUUAGCAAGUUUAUUUUUUAAAAUAUAUAUAAAAUUGUCAGUUAUUAUAUUAUGUAAAUAUGUUUUAGAAUUUUACUAUAAGUUAAAUAUUAUACAUACAUUAAAAUAAUGUAUAUUUUGACAUAUCAACUUGUAAUAAUAAUGUUGUUAAAAUUAUUAUCUGUAGUUUUUACUUCAUAUAAUAGUUUUACCUGUGCGCUUUUAAAUAAAAAAGUUAAUCGUCUUUCUGAAAAUGUUAAUUAUCUAUUUCUUUUAAUUACUAUUCGAAAGCUCUUUAUGUUCUUUCUGCAAAAUAAUUAAAAUUAACAUAUAGUAUAGUUUGGGUAAUAUUAACAGUUAAAUAAAACGCUGUAAAUAUAUUAGUUAUUUAGAGAUAAUUAGAUAAUGGCGUUAAUAGUUAUUGUUUUUGUGAAAUAUAAUGAAUAUAUUGAAAGUUCAAUAGUU